UCUUCCUCUCAUUCUUCAUCUCUCUUUCACUGUGUAUCUUCUCCACCUGUUUUUGUGUCUCUGUUGUGGACUUCACUCCUUUAUGAGAUUUGUUGUGACGCCUCACUGAGCUUGAUGACAGUGCGUAAAGGAAAACGGAUGGGGAUCUCCAUCCAGGAGAACAUGGCGAUUAACGUCUGUCCCGGCCCCAUUCGACCCAUCCGUCAAAUAUCUGCCUACUUCCCACGUCUGUCUCCCACAUCUUCCUUCUCUGACUCACUGUUGCCAAACCCAGCUAGCGGUCCAUCAGGAGCUUCAGGGGAUGGGGGUAUGCUAUCGCCUCGCUCAGCGGCCGCUGCUGGAGGUGGUGGGACACUAUCAGCCAUGAGCAGUAUGGACACAUCCAUUGAGAUUGACAGCUGUGACAGCGAUGACAACGCAUCAUUGGGCACUCUAGAGUUUGAGCUACUCUACGAGACGGCAACAAGUUCCCUACACUGCACCGUCAUCAAAGCAAAGGGUCUGAAGCCCAUGGACUUCAAUGGUUUGGCAGAUCCUUAUGUGAAGCUGCACCUGCUUCCUGGCGCCUGCAAGGCCAAUAAACUAAAGACAAAGACUGUGAGGAAUACUCUGAACCCUGUGUGGAAUGAAACACUCACGUACUGUGGCAUCACAGUGGAGGAUAUGUUCAAAAAAACCCUCAGGGUGUCUGUAUGCGACGAGGACAAGCUGACUCAUAAUGAGUUCAUUGGAGAGUCGCGCAUGGCGUUACGCAGAGUAAAGCCUGACCAGCCCAAACAUUAUAACAUCUGCCUAGAGCACCCCCCUCAUCUCUCAUCUCCUACGGCCACGAGUUCAGCCCUUAGAGGAAUCUCCUGCUAUCUGAGAGAGUGGGAGCGCGAGCAGCAGCGCAAUCUAGAAGAGCGAGGUCGUCUGUUACUGUGUCUACAGUUUCUGCCCCCAUCACAGAUGCCAGAAGGGGAUGGCCAGAUGGAAGCUAAAGAGCGAGCCAAGGGUGGCCUGUGUGUUGGAGUCCGCCGCUGCGCCCACCUGGCAGCCAUGGAUGUCAAUGGCUUCUCUGACCCAUAUGUAAAAAUAUACCUCAAACCCGAUCUGAAGAAGAAAUCAAAGCACAAGACUGCAGUUAUCAAAAAGACACUGAACCCAGAGUUCAAUGAGGAGUUUUUUUAUGAGAUCAAAUUCAGUGAGCUGUCCACCAAGACAUUGGAUGUUACUGUCUGGGACUAUGAUUUGGGGAGAUCGAAUGACUUCAUCGGGGGCGUGUCUUUAGGAUGUCACUCACAGGGCGAUGCCCUCCAGCACUGGAUAGACUGUCUGGAAAAUAAAGGUGAGAAGAUCGAGCACUGGCACACACUGACCAAUGACCUGCCAGGAUCCACAAUUUAACAGCAACAAUACCUGCCUGAGACAUUAUCCUGCACUUGUUUACAUUUCAACUGGAUUGUGCUCAAUAUUUCACCAUCACGUCUUCUCUUCCAUCUUUCCUCAGUCAACACCUGUCCAAAUUACUGUUAAAGUGUAUAAAACGAAAUAUUAUUGCUUUACCAGUAUUCAUCUCUUGUUUUCCAGUAACAACAUCUAAACAUCAUUGUUUUCAGAGAAUAUAUCUUGAAUAAAGUUUAUUUUCUUACCCCCAUUGGUGAUUGUUGUCAUGUCCUUCUUGUUUUAAGCAUAAACCUCACUAAAUUUAGUAAAUUACAAAAUAUUCUCAAGUAAAUAAAAGAAUGUUUAAAAUUUGUUGCAGGAAAAGAAGACAAAAAUAUUGAUUAGAAUUGUAUUUAUUUAUUAUAUUUUUUUUUUACUGUGUAGCCUUAUGUUAAGGGCCAAAACUUGGGUUUAACAGAAAAUGAAUGCUUUUUCAAGAGUUAUCUAAACAAUUUAUUGCAUAGUAGUAAACGUCUACAUGUGACGGCUGCAAAUAAGUCUCUGGAAAUAUAAUUAAUAUAUUUGUGUUCCUUGCAAACAUUUCUGAAUUUCUGUUGCAAUAAGAAGCUAUAGUGUUUAACAAUGCUUCCUUCAUAUUUUGCUUCAUAGAAAAUGUUAAAAAGUAAAUAUCUUUUAUUUUAAGAAACUGACAUUGUAUUGCUUGCUGCUGAAAUAUUGUACUAUACUGUAUUUUAUUUUAAGAGGACAUUGAGAUAUGUCUAUGUUAACAGUUGACAUAUAUUUAAAUAGCAUAACUGCUGUGUUAAUCACCACAUUCUUACAGUUGUAAUCUGUUUAUGAGAUUAAUUUUCAGUAUUAUGUGUUAUUGUCUAUGGCAACUCACAGUUCUCUGCUAGAGCAGCACUCCCCUUCCACACUCAAAUAAUCUACCAGUCCUUUGUUUUGUUAAUUUAAUUGACUAAUAUAGUAAUUCAUUGUAUACAUUUUCUUUGGUUUUCAGUUUUUUCUUUAUUAUAUGUUUUUGUCACUUAUAUUCCUAUAUUCUUUACUUCUUUUCUCUAUGGGACAUACACUUGUUUAUGAGUAUUAAGGCAUUUUUAAUGAAUAUAAUAUUAAUUAUAUUUUUGUCUAUGCCUAUGUGAACAAUUUAGUGCACAUUUGUAAACCAGCUUUUUUUUCUGUGUCUGGAAUGAUGCAUGAAUGUUUGCCUUUUUAAUGCAUGAAUGUUUUGCCAACCUUGUAUUUGUCUCCUUUAAA